AUGCGUUUCAGCAGCGUUUGCAGUGUGCUUGCACUCUGCGCCUCUUUGGCGGAAGCAUCACCGUCACAUGGCAAGCCAAAGAUCCCUGCGCGGCCUGUCUUAACCCCCGCUCCGUACAAUUCUGGUAAAGAGUUCCCACGCUCUGCACCCCGAAGCAAGAACAAGAAGUGUUUUGUCAAACCCGGGAAGGGCGACGACCGCGACGACGCCGCCAGGAUCAAGACUGCGCUCAAGAAAUGCAACAACGGUGGAACAGUCAUCCUCGACCAGUCGUACCUUGUCAGCUCACCGUUGGAUCUCACUUUCCUCAAGCACGUCGACGUUGUCAUUACUGGGGAAAUUCACUUCAAUGCAAAGGAUGUUUACUACUGGGCUUCAAAUAGCUUCAAGUAUGAUUUUCAGAACAUGAGCACGUUUUGGAAGUGGGGAGGCAAGGACGUGAACAUUUAUGGCGACUUGAGCAACGGCAAGUCAGUCAUCGACGGUCAUGGUCAAGCAUAUUGGGAGGAGAUUGUGACCAACAAAACUCUGCUCCGACCCAUCCUCUUCUCCAUUGAUGGCUUGAAGGGCGGCAGCAUGUCUAACCUACGGAUGCGCAACUCUCCUAACUGGUUUAACAUCAUCGCCAAUUCUAGCGAUAUUAUCAUUAGCGACCUGGACAUCCAAGCCAAGAGCACCGGCGGCGUGAAAAUUGCCAACUCAGAUGGCUGGGACACCUACCGGUCAGACAAUGUCGUGAUUCAGAACUCAUUCGUGGACAAUACCGAUGAUUGCGUAUCAUUCAAACCGAACAGCACAAACGUGAUUGUCCAGAAUCUGAAUUGCAUCGGCUCCCAUGGCAUCUCGGUUGGUUCUCUCGGUCAAUACGCGAAUCUAACCGAUAUCGUCGAGAACCUGUAUGUCUACAAUAUCACUAUGACCAAUGCCAGCGAUUUCGCCCGCAUAAAGGUAUGGCCCGGCGUCCAAUCCAGCUUCCAGGAGCUCCUGAACGGUGGGGGCGGUCUUGGCUACGUCCGAAAUGUCACCUACGACACCCUCCAUAGCAUCAACAACGACCGAGCCAUCACCAUCACCCAGUGCUACGGCCAGAAGAACCAGACUCUCUGCCAAGAGUUCCCUGCGAACCUGACGAUUGAGGACGUUACGAUCAGGAAUAUGUGGGGUACGACGAGCUUGUCCACAGAUCCUGAGGCGGGAACAUUGAUUUGCAGCGCACCUGAUCGAUGCAGCAACAUUCGAGUGGAAAAUAUCACCAUUGAUGUGCCCAGUGGCAACACUACUGAGUGGGAGUGCGCCAACAUCGAUGAGAGUCUUUUGGACAUCAACUGUGUCCCGACUGAUGGAGACCGUGACACCACUAACGGUUAA